AUGAACUCCCGAUCCACUUCGCCUUCUCCUCCCCAGGCUUCAUUCUCACCCCUCCAAGACGAGACUAGUCAUGAGUCCAUCUGUGCGACCCGGCCUGCUGAUGAUGCACGCCCGAUGCACAAUCAACACGUAUUGAGACUCGAAUCCUGUUGGCCUGUAGCACUUCGUCCAAUGCCAAUUAGACAUCGAGGCAAGGAAGACACCAUCACACGGCCAAUUCGGCAACGGACUGCUUCAAUUUCUCAGCUCAUCAGGAUGUUUGACACCUUGACUGAUGGCGAGGAUAUGGUGGCCCCUUUUUAUUCCUUUGGUCAUGAUACCGACUCCGACUCUCCACCAUCAUCACGCGUGGCACACUUUUCGAUUCCUCAUCACAUGAUUGAUUGGUCGCGAGAUGUGACUUUGGACGCAUUGACUCUACCAAAGUGGGGAGAUUCACAAGUCACUCGAUCAAUCAAUCCAAGCCAAACCUUAGAUCCUCUCAUAAAUCAAGGUGUAGAAGAAAACUGUAGAGGACCUAGACGUCGGAAGCGUAGCUCGGAACAACGACAACUAGAGUUUAUACCACGACCUCGAAUUUCUCCACAUACACCGGGUGACGCAACGGAUGUGAUAGAACCAAGGAAGAGAAGAAAGAGAUGCAAUGAAAUCUGA